AUGCAUCCUCCUGCCAUCACCCAUGAGCUGGAGCCGGCUGCUGGUGCAGGUACCAUCGCAGAUGCCAUCGCAGGUAUCAUCGCAGGUACCAUCGCAGGUACCAUCACAGGUACCAUCGCAGGUACCAUCGCAGGUACCAUCGCAGGUACCAUCACAGGUACCAUCGCAGGUACCAUCGCAGGUACCAUCACAGGUACCAUCGCAGGUACCAUCGCAGGUACCAUCACAGGUACCAUCGCAGGUACCAUCACAGGUACCAUCGCAGGUACCAUCGCAGGUACCAUCACAGGUACCAUCGCAGGUACCAUCGCAGGUACCAUCACAGGUACCAUCGCAGGUACCAUCACAGGUACCAUCGCAGGCACCAUCGCAGGGGUGCUGAGCUGGUGUCCCCACACUGAGCAAUGA